GCAGAAAUCCAGAAGGCGUCUGCUGACUAGAGGAAACGUUCUUCCUUGGAAGACUCUAGAGCUCCGAGAGCUCCCGCCUGUGCUCGAAUCAAUCUGAGGGUCUAGGCACCAACUCCGGUCGAGCUGAAAUGUUUCUGUUCGCGGCAUUCUCGUUGAUUUUCCUCUCCGUCACUUGCUCCGCGAGUUCGAACCAAGCGAAGAUCGACGCCUAUAUCGACGCUAUUGUAGACGAUGCUUACAAACAAAUCGUCGAUGCAAAACUCGAACGCUAUCCCCUGCAGACGUCCAGCUUCAAAAUAGCCAGCACAGGGAUAUCUAACCGUGACGUGAAGGUCAACGUGACCAGAGGGCAUUUCGAAGCUUUGAGGAGCAUCGGCCGUCGCACCCCUUGCAACGUGACGCUGCCCCAAGCAUUCAAGGGAAGGAAGGAUUUGGCUCCGCCAUCAAAUAUCACUAUCAGUUGCAACGUGACGCUAGCCGGCGUCAGAGCCGUCGUCUUGAACGGGACAUUCAAAGGGGAUACUCUCUCUGGGAGCGCGAAAAACUUUUCCACUUCGACCAUCGUUGAGACAGCGAACAUGAAUGUGACCUUCGUUGGUCGACCCGGCCUCAAAGGACACUUGAGCCUCACCGUGCUACGCAGAAUCGUCCUUUCAACAAGUUUCCAAAACCCCAAGCAGAAACCCGACCUCAACAAAGAGCGUUUCAUGCAUUUCAUCGAGGAGCUUAACAAAAAGUUAGCGACCCAACUGUUCACGUUCGCCGAAGGUCCGUACAAAAAGUACCUCAACAUCGCCACAGCCCGCAAAGUUCUGCCCUAUCUUGUCUGAUCAUCGCAUUCAUCGAUGGACAUUUGAACAUAUUCACACGUGUUUGCAAUACAUGAAUCUGAUAAGGAGUCUCAUUG